AUGUCAGUGUCACUCUGGUGCGAGGAGGAGCAGGAGGAUGCCAUGCCAAGGGCUCCCUGGGACCCCCACGCCAGCGGGGAGCGCGUGCUGGGGAUGCUGCUGCGGGUAGAGCAGCGAUACUCACCGUCGGCCCUCUACGUGAGCCUCACUCAAAGACAGCCUCAGCAGAGGGAACAGCUGGCCAAGUGGGCACUGGAGGUGUGCUGUGAGUCCAGCUGUGAGGAGCGCGUCUUCCCCCUAGCCUUGUCCCUGCUGGACCGCUUCCUGUCAACCUCCCUGGCCCUGCCGCCCUCACCGCUCUGCCUGGCUGCAGCCUGCGUCCUGCUCGCCUCCAAGCUGCAGCAGAGUGAGCCGCUGGGUGCUCACAUGCUCUGUGCCGCCGCCCCUGGUGCCUUCCUGCCCCAGAGCCUGCGGGAGAUGGAGCGGGUUGUCUUAGCAACACUACAAUGGGAUGUUGCCGCCAUUACUCCCCAGGACUUCUUCCCACACUUGCUACCUGCUCCCACGGAGAAAGGAGCUAGCACUGCAGACGCCGAGGCGUUUCUGUCUACCCUCCGUCGUCAUGGUGACACCCUGGUCGCCAUGUGCAUCUGUGAUGCCCGCUUCCUGGGGAUGCCGCCAUCUCUGGUUGCCGCGGCAGCACUGAACUCUGCCUUCCGAGGUCUGGAUGACAGGGGUCCUCAGCUACGCAACAUGCCAAAAACACUGGCUGCACACUGUCGUAUUAACUUGGCUGUACUGCAGUACUACACAGACAUGAUAGAGGGCGCACUUUCAGAGCGACUGAGAGCCGGACGAACACAGCAAGAGAAGCAACACAAAGCAGAGAAGGAUGGAGACGUAGAGGAGGAGAGAGCCAGCACCCCAACAGACCUGCAAGAAGUUGAUUUUUAA